UUCAGUCUUCACUCAUCAGACCGAAAGAAGGAAAAAAAAAGAGAGUUAAAAAGCAUAAAACCCAUUUUCCAAUAAGAGUUUUCUUUUUCUCUUCUUCUUACGUGUACGAUCCCAAUCUAACAACACAAAAAGGGUUCAGUUUUCUUAUCUCCAUUUUGAUCAUGUCAAAAACCCCACAUGUCCACCCAUAAUUCCUCCUCAGUCUUUUUAUAAACAAACCAUUUUCUUGCUUUUGCUCGCAAAACUUUAACCUUAAAAACCAAACCAAAAAAAACAAACUAAAUUAAACUUAUGGAUGUGUCAAAUGAGACAGUGGAAAGAACCGAUCUCCGGACACCUUUAGUAGAUCCGGCAGACACGGAGGUGAAACCUCUACCAGAGGUCGGGCUCGAGAGCGUAUUAACGGAGAGUAGCUUGUCAUACCGGAGGCGUGUGUACUUAGGAGCCUGUAUAGAGUUGAAAGUACUUUUCCGGUUGGCACUACCGGCGAUACUUAUCUAUUUAGUCAACUCCGGAAUGGGUAUAUCCGCUCGUGUCUUCGCCGGUCAUGUUGGUAGUCAAGAACUUGCGGCCGCGUCCAUCGGAAAUAGCUGCUUCAAUCUCGUCUAUGGACUUAUGGUAUGAUUUACGUUACCGUACCCAUAUGAAUAUGAUAUGAGGAGACAUGUUGGUAUUAUAUAUGAAGAUUUAUACUAAUUAUUAUUUUCAUUUGUUAUAAGCGUUAUCGUAUAUUUAGUGAAGUAAAUGGUGGAGUAAAUUAUAAGCAUUAUAAUUUAGUUGGAAAUUAAGGAUUAAAGAUUUUGAUUUUCUCGUUUUGUGUGUUGACAUAACAUAUAAAAGUACUCAUAUAUUAUUAACCUAACCUAAAUGGCUAAAAGCUUAGCAAACCACGUUUAUUUUGCUAAGGAUAACAGCCUGUAAACGAUGCUGUAUUUUUCUAUCUUAUAUUCCUAUAUCCUAAUUUGUUCUUACAAUUUAAUGAUUACAUACCAUUUAUUCGGUUCUUUUGUCUUAUGAAUCUUUACCAUUUUCCUUCAAUUUUUUAAUUUUUAUUUUGGGGUCAACUACUAGGCACGAUUUUAAUUUUAAUUUUCCUACUAGGCACGAUUUCUUCAGGCGUUGAAUUUACUCGUAUUGAUAUAUAAACUAUUACCGCCAUGGUAACUAUGAAUGAAGUUAACUACUCGAUAUUCUUAGGGAUAGAAACUUACGUAAUGCAACUAAUUGCAUUAACACACGAUCACGAUAAGAGUUUUUACUAGACGAAAUCACUAUGGUGAGUUUUUGUGUGAAAAAGUUCAACUUUUGGAUUUUGUAAGAGAAUAAUCUUUCACUUCCUUAGAAUUCCGUGAAACGAUUCCUUUUUCUUGUCAGCUAGUAUAACUUAACGAUUAAUUGUAACUGUCGUUUUGCUUAAUAAAUGAUAUAAUUGCAUUUUUUGUCGACCAAAAUAAAUAAUUUUUUGUAGUAUCGUUUGUUUUGCAAGUCAUUCUUUUGAAUAUUAUUGUAUGCUUAUGAUGAGUAGUCAAUUAAAUAUUUAUGAUUUUCUCUUUGGAUUAUAGUGUAAAACUGAGCUUUCUAAUUUUUGCCCAUGUGAGCAAUUUGUUUGUUUACCUAAUAUUAGGACUUUCUACUGUUUUCUCUUACUUUAUACUAGAAUUUGUAAAGAUCUUCUACGUUAGAUUUGUUUUCUUUUGUGUGCAACACGUUCUAUUGUUUAAUAUGAAUAAUCUACAAUAUGUACUUUUUUCUUGGAUCAUCAUAUCGUUCUUUGUUUUAUUGUUCAUUUAAGAAAGGAAAAAAGAUAUAAAAAAAUAGAUACCCAUUUUCAAUAAAACUUUUUCUUUUUUAAUUAUGUGUACAAUCUCUAUUUAUAACACACUAAAGAGCUUCAUUUUGAUUAUCUCAAAAAAAACCACACAGAUCCUUAAAUCUCCAAAUUUCCUCCUCAGUCUUAUCAUUAUAGACAAAACCCUUUUCUUUGUAAAUUUUUUCCCAAUCUAUGGAAGUGCCUAGUGAAACCACGAAUUUAGCCGAUCUCCGGCGACCAUUGGUGGUUCCGGUUGUCUCGGAGCGUAAACCUCCGGCAGACGUCGGACUCGGACUAGAGAGUGUUUUAACGGAGCGUAGCCUUCCGUACCGGAGGCGCGUGUACUUAGGGGCAUGCAUAGAGAUGAAGCUACUUUUCCGGUUGGCACUUCCGGCGAUACUUGUCUAUUUAGUCAACAGCGGAAUGGGUAUUUCCGCUCGGAUCUUCGCCGGACAUCUCGGUAAAAAUGAGCUCGCCGCCGCGUCCAUCGGAAACAGCUGCUUCAGUCUCGUCUAUGGCCUCAUGUUAGGUAUGGGCAGUGCAGUCGAAACACUAUGUGGACAAGCCUAUGGAGCCCAUCGUUACGAGAUGCUUGGGAUCUAUCUCCAAAGAGCAACAAUAGUCCUCGCUCUAGUUGGCUUGCCCAUGACAUUACUAUACACCUUCUCGUACCCUAUUCUAAUCCUACUAGGGGAACCCAAAACGGUGUCGUACAUGGGAUCCAAAUACAUCGCCGGGCUCAUCCCUCAAAUCUUCGCUUACGCCGUCAACUUCACGGCCCAAAAGUUCCUCCAGGCCCAAAGCGUGGUUGCCCCGAGCGCCUUCAUCUCAGCCGCCGCCCUCAUCCUCCAGAUAUUGUUGACGUGGAUCACCGUUUAUGUAAUGGACAUGGGCUUUAUGGGCAUAGCUUAUGUUCUUACAAUUUCUUGGUGGGUCAUUGUUGGAUCCCAGUGUUUUUACAUUGCGGUUAGUCCCAAGUUUAGACACACGUGGACUGGUCUUAGCUGGAGAUCGCUCCAAGGUCUUUGGAGCUUCUUUAAACUCUCUGCUGGCUCAGCUGUUAUGAUUUGUCUGGAAAUGUGGUAUUCGCAGAUUCUUGUUCUUCUUGCUGGUUUGCUCGAAAAUCCUGCUCGCUCUCUAGAUUCUCUUUCCAUCUGUAUGUCAAUUUCAGCAUUAUCAUUCAUGGUCUCUGUCGGCUUUAAUGCUGCUGUAAGUGUACGGACAAGUAAUGAGCUUGGAGCAGGAAAUCCGAAAUCAGCAUGGUUCUCUACAUGGACGGCGACUUUUGUAUCCUUCGUGAUCUCCGUGACGGAAGCCCUCGCCGUGAUUUGGUUUCGUGAUUACGUUAGCUACAUUUUCACGGAGGAUGCUGACGUGGCUAAAGCCGUCUCUGACCUCUGUCCUUUUCUUGCCAUCACCAUCAUUCUCAACGGAAUUCAACCUGUCUUGUCCGGAGUGGCAGUGGGAUGUGGAUGGCAAACAUACGUGGCAUAUGUGAAUGUUGGUUGUUACUACGUUGUUGGUAUUCCGGUUGGGUGUAUUCUCGGCUUCACUUUCGAUUUUCAAGCCAAGGGAAUAUGGACCGGGAUGAUUGGAGGUACCCUCAUGCAAACACUCAUUUUACUUUACGUCACGUACCGAACAGAUUGGGAUAAAGAGGUGGAAAAAGCGAGGAAACGUUUGGAUCUGUGGGACGACAAGAAGGAGCCUCUCCAAAACUAGUAAUGGAUUUUACAGAAUAAAAGUAUAUUUUUAAAAAUAAUUAACAUUAAACUUUACAAUCUGAUAUUUAAUAUUCAGGUUAUAACAAGUUUGGUGGAGUGAUAGACAAUAAAGAAAAGGAAAUAAGUGUCGUGUGUGCAGGUGAUUUCAAUGUACGUAGCUUUUCAUGGUUAUUAUGCUUGUUCUAUGGAAAUAGAACAAUUAAAAUAUAUUUUUGUCUGAUGGAUUAUUCUUUAUUUACGAAAAGUUGUUCUUAAAUUGAUGUUUCUUUCCUUUCUCAGAAUGAUUUAUUAUGUCUUCACUCUAUAGACAGUUAUUAAUUAUUUAUUAUGGAAUUUUGAUGUAAUUGGGUGUAGUAAGUAAAGUAGCACAUCAAUGUGACAUAGCUAUCCAGUUUUCUUUUACUGAUACAUUGUAAUUUAAUGGAUGUUUAUUUGUCGAAAUGCCAUUAUUCAAAUUAAAGUCGUUUAAUGCAUAUUAUUGACAUAUAAGAAUAAAAGCUUCUCUACUCG